AGGAGGGAGGAGGGAGGAGAACCGCAUUUACACUAGCACUGGUUCACGCCCGGCAUUUCUGCCUCUCACUCGCUCCGCGGAUCCAAUGGGCGCCGCGACUGGCGCGGGCUCGAGCACGUCCAGUCGCUCGCGUGACGACCACCGUGUGGCAGGUUAAACCAAAAUUGACUGUAUCAACUCAGGAAAACAGUAGCCUUACUGUCUGUUCAUUAAACUGCAGCAACAACUUAAAUUUCAACAGUGGAGCAAUGAUAUCAGAGAACAAAAGAACAUUUUCCAACUUACUGUCAUCACAAUUUCAAGUGAUUAUAUAAGCAGAAACAAGCUGCCACAAACCUAUGUGUCAGCUAACUAGAAACAGAAUGCUUUCUUCUAAUCCUGCUUGUUUAUGAGAGUUUUAGUAUAGAUAAUUUACUUUGUAUAUAUUAAAUGAAAUAAAAAUGAGUGAAAUUCCAAGGUUUUUUGUUGGACCUGAAGAUACUGAAGUAAAUCCUGGAAAUUAUCGACAUUUCUUCCACCGUGCAGAUGACGAUGAUGAAGAAGAUGAUGAGUCUCCACCAGAAAGGCAAAUUGUGGUUGGAAUUUGUUCCAUGGCGAAGAAAUCCAAAUCCAAACCAAUGAAGGAAAUUCUUGAACGGAUCUCCUUAUUUAAAUAUAUCACAGUAGUAGUAUUUGAAGAGGAUGUUAUUUUGAAUGAACCAGUAGAAAACUGGCCUUUAUGUGAUUGUCUUAUUUCAUUCCACUCUAAAGGAUUUCCAUUGGACAAGGCAGUUGCCUAUGCAAAACUCAGGAAUCCAUUUAUAAUCAAUGACUUGAAUAUGCAGUAUCUCAUACAAGAUAGGAGAGAAGUGUACAGUAUUCUUCAAGCUGAAGGUAUUUUACUUCCUCGGUAUGCAAUUUUAAACCGUGACCCAAAUAAUCCCAAAGAGUGCAAUUUGAUUGAAGGGGAAGAUCAUGUUGAAGUAAAUGGAGAAGUUUUCCAAAAACCAUUUGUAGAAAAGCCAGUUAGUGCAGAAGAUCACAAUGUUUACAUUUAUUAUCCAACGUCUGCAGGUGGUGGAAGUCAAAGACUCUUUCGAAAGAUUGGCAGUAGAAGUAGUAUCUAUUCUCCAGAAAGCAAUGUACGAAAAACAGGCUCAUAUAUAUAUGAAGAAUUUAUGCCUACAGAUGGUACUGAUGUUAAGGUUUAUACAGUGGGUCCAGAUUAUGCCCAUGCUGAAGCUCGAAAAUCUCCAGCACUUGAUGGCAAAGUGGAACGAGAUAGUGAAGGAAAAGAAGUCAGAUACCCUGUUAUUCUCAAUGCAAGAGAGAAAUUAAUUGCUUGGAAAGUCUGCCUUGCGUUUAAGCAAACAGUUUGUGGCUUUGAUUUGUUGCGGGCCAAUGGACAGUCAUAUGUGUGUGAUGUCAAUGGCUUCAGUUUUGUGAAAAAUUCCAUGAAGUAUUAUGAUGAUUGUGCAAAAAUACUUGGCAAUACUGUAAUGCGAGAGCUUGCUCCACAGUUUCAUAUCCCCUGGUCAAUACCCUUAGAAGCCGAAGAUAUACCAAUUGUACCAACUACAUCUGGAACUAUGAUGGAGCUCAGAUGUGUUAUAGCUGUCAUACGUCAUGGGGAUCGAACACCAAAACAAAAAAUGAAAAUGGAAGUGAGGCAUCAAAAGUUUUUUGAUCUUUUUGAAAAGUGUGAUGGAUAUAAAUCUGGGAAAUUAAAACUCAAAAAACCAAAACAAUUACAAGAAGUGCUGGAUAUUGCACGACAACUUCUUAUGGAACUCGGGCAAAAUAAUGAUUCUGAAAUUGAAGAAAACAAGCCAAAGCUUGAACAACUGAAGACCGUCUUAGAGAUGUAUGGCCAUUUCUCUGGAAUAAAUCGUAAGGUACAAUUGACCUAUCUUCCUCACGGUUGUCCUAAAACAUCUAGUGAAGAAGAAGAUAGCAGAAGAGAAGAACCUUCAUUACUUUUGGUUCUAAAAUGGGGAGGAGAACUAACUCCUGCAGGCAGGGUUCAGGCUGAAGAACUUGGAAGAGCUUUCAGGUGUAUGUAUCCUGGAGGUCAAGGAGAUUAUGCAGGAUUUCCUGGUUGUGGUUUACUUAGAUUACAUAGUACCUACCGACAUGACCUCAAAAUAUAUGCAUCUGAUGAGGGACGAGUCCAGAUGACUGCAGCUGCUUUUGCAAAGGGGCUAUUAGCUUUAGAAGGAGAGCUUACACCUAUUCUUGUUCAGAUGGUAAAAAGUGCAAAUAUGAAUGGACUUUUGGAUAGCGAUAGUGACUCCCUGAGCAGUUGUCAGCAACGUGUGAAAGCAAGGCUUCAUGAAAUACUUCAGAAAGACAGAGAUUUUACUGCGGAAGAUUAUGAGAAGCUUACUCCAUCGGGAAGCAUUUCCCUCAUCAAAUCAAUGCAUUUCAUUAAAAAUCCUGUGAAGACCUGUGACAAAGUUUAUUCCUUGAUUCAGAGUUUGACUUCUCAAAUCAGACAUCGAAUGGAAGAUCCUAAGUCAUCAGAUAUUCAGCUUUACCAUAGUGAGACAUUAGAGCUUAUGCUUCGUCGAUGGUCCAAGUUGGAAAAAGACUUUAAAACAAAGAAUGGAAGAUAUGACAUUAGUAAAAUUCCAGACAUAUAUGAUUGUAUAAAAUAUGAUGUCCAGCAUAAUGGUUCUUUGAAAUUAGAAAACACAAUGGAAUUAUAUAGACUUUCAAAGGCUCUAGCAGAUAUUGUUAUCCCUCAGGAAUAUGGUAUAACUAAAGCUGAAAAACUGGAGAUUGCCAAAGGCUACUGUACGCCUCUAGUUAGAAAAAUUCGUUCGGACCUUCAAAGGACACAAGAUGAUGACACUGUAAAUAAGCUCCAUCCUGUGUAUUCCAGAGGUGUUCUAUCCCCUGAACGUCAUGUUCGUACUAGAUUAUAUUUCACCAGUGAAAGUCAUGUACAUUCUUUACUCUCUAUACUUCGCUAUGGUGCCUUAUGCAAUGAGUCAAAGGAUGAACAGUGGAAACGAGCUAUGGAUUAUUUAAAUGUUGUGAAUGAACUCAACUACAUGACUCAGAUUGUUAUAAUGCUUUAUGAGGAUCCUAACAAGGAUCUUUCCUCAGAGGAACGCUUUCAUGUUGAAUUGCACUUUAGUCCAGGAGCCAAAGGAUGUGAGGAAGAUAAAAAUUUACCAUCUGGCUAUGGAUAUAGACCUGCUUCCAGAGAGAAUGAAGGCAAGAAAUGUUGUUUUAAAAUUGAUAAUGAUGAUGAACCACACACGUCUAAAAGAGAUGAGGUUGAUCGAGCGGUGGUAUUAUUCAAGCCUCUGGUUUCAGAGCCAAUUCACAUACAUAGGAAAUCUCCACUUCCAAGAUCUAAGAAGAUAGCUACAAAUGAUGAAGAGAGCCCCCUGAGUGUGUCUAGCCCAGAGGGUACUGGUACCUGGCUGCAUUAUACCAGUGGUGUGGGUACUGGGCGUCGAAGACGCAGAUCAGGGGAACAAAUCACUUCUUCCCCUGUCUCCCCCAAAUCAUUGGCUUUCACAUCCAGUAUUUUUGGCUCAUGGCAACAGGUUGUCUCUGAAAAUACUAAUUACUUACGCACACCAAGAAAUCUGGUGGAACAGAAGCAGAAUCCUAUAGGGUCUCACUGUGCGGGCCUGUUUAGCACCUCGGUGCUCGGGGGUUCUUCAAGUGCACCUAACCUACAAGAUUAUGCUCGUACUCAUCGUAAAAAGCUGACUUCUUCUGGCUGCAUAGAUGACGCCACACGCGGUUCUGCUGUUAAAAGGUUUUCUAUCUCAUUUGCUCGACACCCAACCAAUGAACACCUAUACCUCUAUAGGUGCUGGUCCGUUUCCUCUGUGGAAUUUCUAGGCUCCAGUGGCUUUGAAUUGUAUUCCAUGGUGCCAUCUAUUUGCCCUCUGGAAACGCUUCACAAUGCCCUGUCUCUAAAGCAGGUGGAUGAAUUUCUUGCUUCCGUUGCUUCCCCAUCAAGUGAAGUCCCACAGAAGAGCCCUGAAAUGACUUCUACAACUUUACGUUCGAGCCCAGUAGUAAGAAGAAAAAUAUCUUUAAAUACAUAUACACCUGCAAGGAUCCUCCCAACUCCACAAGCUACCUUAAAGAAUACUAAAGCAAGCAGCAAACCAGCUACCAGUGGACCUUCUAGUGCAGUUGCUCCUAGUACCUCAUCUCGGAAAAAAACCAUAACAAGCAAAACAGAAGUGCAAGAACACCAAAAAGACACUGGGAAGAAGAAAUGAAACAUCUUAGAAGAAGCUAGAACUCCUUAUACCAAUGAAAAUUAUACAUUAAAUCAGAAACAGAUAGGUAGUAAGCCUUGACUGAAAACUGUUAAAGCAAGUAGAUUAUGAUUCAUUUUCUACAUCUCUGUAUUCAUUUAAAAAAUGGUUUUAAGUCUGGAGUACUCAUUGUAUAUAUUCAGACAAGGACAUAGCUUAGGAUCUAGAAAUGUUUAAAACUGUGUAUGUAUUAGCAUUUCGUGGGUAGCAAAACUUAGAGUGAUAAGCUCUACUAUUCUUAAUAUUGUGCUCACCAGGUACCUUCAGUAUAGAAAACAAGCAGAUGCCAGCUGGCCUCUAUCCAUGUGGCCUCUGCAGACACUUCUGUUGUCCUCAGGUUGCAUCGUGGCUAUAAAAACCUUUCAUUUAAGUAGAAAUUUACCAGAAAUUCAUACUAGGUCUUUUUUUGUUGAUAAAACAAAAACAAAAAACUUACAUUUCCAAAGAGACUUUAUUGAUCAUUUAGAAUAGGAACUUUUUCCCAGAGGCUAAAACGACAUACAUCUACAAUGUUUAAGAACUGGAAUAUUGGUGUAUAGAAUAUUUUUCAAUGUGUGCUUGAAUUUUUUAUUAUGUUUUAUUUAAACUAUUGCAUUUAUAUCUGGGAUAAUUACACAUUUAUGCACAUAAAUUUAUAUAUUAAUUUGUAGGAAAUAUUUUCCUUAUAUAUUUUCUCAUCAUAGGAGGUGCUUUUGUUCAUCAGAAAAACUUUGCUUCAUAUAUCAGUAAGGAUAAUACCUUACUGUAUAAUUGAGCUUAUUUUUUAAGAGAUACAGUUGACAAAUUUGGUAAUUUCCCACUUAUUUUAGAGUUCUUUUUAAACCUAAGGAACAUAGUUCAAAAGGAGAAAACAUCAAUGUUAAAAGAAUAUCUGAAUUCCAUAGUUAGUAAUUAUGUAUUAUCUAUUUUUAUCAUUUCCAUUCUUUAAUGUAUCAGUUGAUCUUGCUGAGAAUCUGACAUUUGAAGAUUGAGCAUUUGAAAUAAAUGAUCUUUAUUACUGAUUGGAAUUUUGAACAGAAAGUGAAAUCUGUGUGUUGUGAAUUCAUCAGUGAUGUGAAAAAAAUACUGUCCAUGGUGCUUUCUUUUCCUCUGAUGCACAAAAUUAUGAGCUACUUGAGAUGACUUAAGCAUUAAACCAAACAACACAACCUGAUAAGAUUUCCAUGCUCUCAAAGUUAGAUUAUUUAAAUAGCUAAGGCUUUGGCUUCAAGCUGAUCUUUAGAAACAGAAAUUUAUUGAAUUCUCUUAGUAAGAAUAUAACUCUUGUAGUUCUUCAAGAGAGACUUCACUAACCUUAAAUUGCAAUAUGUGAAUUGGUUUUUAAAAAGAGAAACUUACCACAUGUUACAUGAUUUAAAACAUACCAGAUACAAGUCAUAAGGGUAAUUAUAUAUAUCCAUUUUAUAAGUUUGUGUGCUUCAUCAUGUCACAUGAAUGUAAAUGUAUUAUGUGGCAACAUGUCUUGUAAACAGUUGGAUAUACCAAAGUUUUCUGUAUGUAAAACUAUGGCAAAUAUGUUGAUUGUGUGAGGAAACAACUUUAUUUCUUAAGUGGAGCUGAAUUAAAAGAACAGUUUGUUUCUA